UAUUGGCGUUUCCAUCCAAUUCCACAAAUGAAAAGAAACGAACGCAAACGGUAACCUCCCUCCAUUCGCCAUUCGAGGCCAACCCAGUUUGUUUGUUUCCACCAUUAUUCAAUCUCCUAACAAACAAACCAAUACAAUUCUUCACAUUUCUCCAUCUUAAUCAUUCUUAUCAAUCAAACAAUUACAUGGAUUCAUCAUCAUCAUCAUCAUCAUGUAUUUACAUUAUUCGUUUCAACAAACUCAUUGAAUAAAUCAAUCAAACACAUUCCGCGCAUUUCUUAAUUAGAUCAGUGUAUCAAACGAUGGACUCACCAUCAUCGUCAUCGUCGUCGUCGACAACAACGACGGGAGAUGCGACCAAGUUAGCAGCUGCAAGAUCCUCAAUUGUCGACUCGAUAAGAGGAUGCGGCAUUUCAGGUCAGCGCAUCGACAAGGAGGAGCUAAAGAGGAAUCUCACAAUGCCGCAGUAUCUACGGAUAUCAAUGCGUGAUUCAAUCCGGUUGAAGGAUCCAACAGCAGGCGAGUUUGGCUUUGGCUUCAUUCGUGCCGAGGAAAGCGCCGCCGUUGCUCCUCUUAAGCCCAUUGUUGUUUUCAUUAAUCCCCGUAGUGGCGGUCGCCAUGGUCCCGUUCUCAAGGAGAGGCUCCAGGAUCUCAUGAGUGAGGAACAGGUUUUUGAUGUAAUAGAUGUGAAUCCUCGUGAAUUUCUCCAGUAUGGUUUAGGUUGCUUGGAGGCAUUGGCUGCUUCUGGUGACACUUGUGCGAAAGAAACACGCGAAAGAAUAAGGAUAAUGGUUGCGGGAGGUGAUGGUUCAGUUGGUUGGGUUUUAGGAUGUCUCACUGAACUUAACAAACAAGGUCGGGAACCAGUUCCUCCUGUUGGAAUCAUACCACUUGGUACAGGAAAUGACCUGUCUAGGUGUUUUGGUUGGGGUGGUUCAUUUCCAUUUGCAUGGAAAGCGGCUAUUAAGAGAACUCUUCACAAGGCUAGUAUUGGUCCAAUUUGUCGUUUGGAUAGUUGGCGAGUUUCACUUUCAAUGCCAGAAGGCACAAUUGUGGCACCACCUUAUUCUCUAAAGCAGACAGAAGAGUUCAUUCUUGAUGAGGGCUUAGAAGUUGAGGGAGAACUGCCUGAGAAAGUUAUAUGUUAUGAAGGCGUGUUCUACAAUUACUUUAGCAUAGGAAUGGAUGCCCAAGUGGCUUAUGGCUUUCAUCAUCUUCGUAAUGAAAAACCUUACCUUGCCCAGGGACCAAUAGCAAAUAAGAUUAUAUACUCUGGUUAUACUUGCACUCAGGGUUGGUUCUUCACACCUUGUACAAGUGAACCAGGUUUAAGGGGACUUAAGAACAUUCUGCGGAUGCAUGUCAAAAGGAUCAAUUGCUCUGAAUGGGAGCUGGUUCCAGUUCCUACAAGCGUAAGGGCAGUAGUUGCUCUGAAUCUUCAUAGUUAUGGAAGCGGAAGAAAUCCAUGGGGUAAUCUGAAACCAGAAUAUUUGGAAAAGAGAGGCUUUGUUGAAGCACAAGUUGAUGAUGGACUUUUGGAAAUAUUUGGUCUAAAGCAAGGAUGGCAUGCAUCAUUUGUGAUGGUUGAACUGAUCUCUGCAAAGCACAUAGCUCAGGCAACAGCUAUCCGGUUGGAAGUAAGAGGAGGGGAGUGGAAAGAUGCAUAUAUGCAAAUGGAUGGUGAACCUUGGAAGCAACCAUUGAGCAAGGACUUCUCAACAUUUGUGGAAAUAAGGAGGGAACCUUUCCAGUCACUCAUGAUUAGUGGAGAUUGAUUCAUUUUUCACAGGUUCAUUGUUCUAUAGAUGAGAUUCAUAAUGUGUAUACCAGAUCUAAUGUAAAUUUAUAAAUGGGCUAUGCUUAAUAGAAAAAGAAAUAUUAUUUUCAAACAUCUUCCCCAAUUAUCAUAUCAUGAAAAUUUUAGAUUAA